UAGCCAGUCUUUCUACUCGGCUUAAAGGCGGGUUUUGUGUAGCACUGCACGGCUAUUGUAUAAAAGCUUGAUGGACUCUUACCAGAUACUCACUUAAAAUUGGUUUUGCAUUUUGAAAUCUUUAGCCUUAAUAUAGUGACUGGAAACUGUGGCAAUGGAUUUAUGCACUUUUCUUCUACUAAGUUUGGCUUUGGAUCUUUGUCUUGCAUCACCUAUAGAAUGGAAGGAUAUUCCAGACAUAAACAAAGGUUUAAAUCUCACGGAAGGAGACAUCAUGAUGCCUAAUGAAAGGAGCGUCAUUCUUGGCAAUCUGUGGAAUAUUCCCGUCCCCUAUGUGCUGACUGCGGAUCUCAGUUUGAACUAUAAAGGAGUUAUUUUGAGAGCCUUUGAACAGUUCAGACUGAAAUCAUGUAUUGACUUCAAGCCCAGAGCAGCAGAAGACUUUUACAUCUCUGUGGAGAGUCUUACAGGGUGUUGGUCAUAUGUUGGUCGCAUAACUGCUGGAGGUCAGAAUCUUUCCAUUGGAAAUGGCUGUGGAAGAAAAGCCAUUGUUGAGCAUGAGUUUCUUCAUGCACUGGGAUUUUGGCAUGAGCAGUCAAGAUAUGACAGAGAUGAUUACCUGACCAUCAACUUUGAAAACAUCAUUAAAGGGCAGGAGAACAAUUUCCAAAAAUACAAUGAGAGCCAGUCUACCACCCAAGGCACCCCCUAUGACUACUACUCUGUGAUGCAUUAUGCUAAAAAUGACUUCAGCAAUGGUAAUGGAUUCACAAUCACUACCAAACGUCCUGAGUUCCAAGAUGUGAUUGGUCAACGCCUGGAAAUGAGUGAAUAUGAUGUGACAGAGCUCAACAAACUCUAUAAAUGUAAUUCUUUCAUCUCUUUCCUUGAUCACUGUAGUUUUGAUGAUGAAUCUAAGUGUCAGAUGAGCGUCUGUUCUGCUGCUGAUUAUGGCUGGCAGAGAGUGAAGUCAGUGAGUGGCAUCGGUGUGACUGACCACACAUACUUGGGCAAAGAACAAAAUGGGACGUCUUUCUUCAUGCACUUCAGCACUGAGGGCAGAAAUGAGGGGGACACAGCCAGACUGGAGAGCAAGAUAAUGACCCCUGCAAGAGACUGCAAAGUCCAGUGCCUGCAGUUCUACUACUAUCACAGUGGUAAUGAGUCUGCCCAGCUCAACAUCUGGAUCCGAGAGUAUCAGAAUGCAACAGAUAGCAGAGGAACUCUCCGUCUUAUGGAUCAGAUCAAAGGAUCCCCUGGUAAUUACUGGAAGCUGCAUCAUGUGACACUGAACGCUAACAAAACCUUUCAAGUUGUAUUUGAAGCCCGUAAAGGGGCUGGAAACUCCAGUGGAGGAUUUUCACUGGAUGAUAUCAAUAUUUCAGAGACUGAUUGUCCCCACACAUGGCAGAUAAGAGACUCUGAGAAGGUUUUGAACAACAGUGGGUCAUUCUCGAUGUACAGUCCAUUGUAUUACUCCAGUGAUGGUUAUCGCUUUCAGGCUAGCUUAAGUGUGUAUCAGGAUUCCUUUUCUAUAUCUGUUCGUCCUGUAUCUGGUGCAUAUGAUGGCCAGUUGCAGUGGCCAUGUCCAUGGAGACAAAUAACCUUGCAGAUGCUUGACCAGAAUCCGCACAUACAGAAGCAAAUGUCCCUUGAGCAAAGCUUCACGACUGAGCCUGCUUUGGGUUCUUACAGCUACUGGGACAAUCCUAAAAAUGGAGGAAAUCAAGUCAUUUUCGGCAAUGAGUCUGUAUUUGUGGGUGCUUGGGUUAAUGCAUAUUACAUAAGAAAAGAUGAUCUGACUAAAAGGGAGUUUAUCAAGGGUGGUGACAUCAUGUUUCUAUUCAGCAUGCAAGAUAUCUCAGGGCUACUUCAGAAGGACUCUCUACCCUGCCCUAAAGCAACAGUGAAGAGCUUCAACGUUACUCUGAAUGCGACUGCCCAGCAGGGACCAUGUGUUCCAAGAGUUCUUCCUACAACUACACCAGGACCCACUGAUGCAUGUGUAGGCACAUCUUGCAAUUCCAGUGUGAAGACGGCUUCCUCUCUGAUCACCUUGGUGGUUUGCAUUCUUUUGCUAAUGAGUUAAUCAUGACGGAUCACCAUUAUUAAACCUAUGUCUGACUACACAAGAGUUCAGUGCAAAAGAACUGCAUGUAUCUUUAGCUUUCUAGAAUAUGAUCAUUAAAUAUGCAUUGUUGAUUAAUUAUGUGUAUUGUUAAUACAUUGUCUAUAUUCAUCAUAUUCAUUAUCAACAAUCAAUAUUAUAUCUUAGCGUUAAUCAUGAUGUUUACCAAUGUAUUGUCAAACUCUUUCAUAAUGCAUGAUUUCACAUUCUUUGUAGAGUAAAUAUUUGGUGUAAGGUAUAUAUUUGCCAUAUCUUAUUUUUUUCUAACUGAUUAAUCCUUGCACAGAAACUAUUGGUUUUAAAAUACAAAUCUAAUCUUUUUUCUUCACUGUAUAAGUAACAAAACAAUGCAGCACGUAAUCAGUUAAAUAAAUAUUACUAAAAUGUUCAA